AUGACCUCCUUAGAAGCCGUCCAACAGAUCCAGAAAUCUCUCCAGACCGAUCUACUGCGGAGAAUGACUGAAUUUGAGAACCAGCUGAAGAUGUCAAAGGAGCCAGCAUCACUCAACAAGCUCUGGGAAGACUACAGUAAGUUUAAGAGUGAUGUCCGUGAUAUCAUGCAGCUUCUCCAACAACAGCUUGAGGAGUUAGUCAGAUCCGUAGACAAUAUUGAGAUGAGGCAUCGGAGAAGAUGUUUACUGUUUGGAGGCAUCAAGGAAGCUGAAAAUGGCGCAAAUGAAGAUGCUUCUGCAGUAAUCUCCGCCAUCCUAGGCGAAAGGUUUCAUAUGGAGGGGAUCUCGUCUAGUUCUUUUGAAGCGUGUCAUAGAAUGGGAUCAAAGAACAAUAGCCGUCCCAGGCCAAUUCUUGUGCGUUUUGUUUGUCCUACCAUAAAGAACACUGUAUGGCGUAAGAAGACAGUCCUCAAAGGAACGACGACAGUAGUUUCCGAGUUCCUCACCCGUCGUCGGCAGGCUCUGUUCACCGAGGCUCGUAGGCGAUUCGGCAUGACCAAAUGCUGGACAUUCGAUGGUUCCAUUUUUGUUAAACCACCCUCGGGGAAGCCCAUCAGCAUAAAUGCACUGGAGGAUCUAGAUCAGGCCGGAAAUGCAUUUGCGGAAACUGCACCUGUUGCUUCCUCAUCUGGGACUGGGGUGGUUUUAAAACAACAUCGCCAACAUCCCCCCAAGACGUGCGAAGUUGCACCUGGGUCUGGUGACAGACAGCAGCGAGCGAAACGAGCGGCUACCAAAAUUAAGUAGUAAAUUGCUUUAAUUACGUACUUAUUCAAUUAUUUUUUCUCUUUUUGGUAAAUAUUACUAUUUCCUGUAGGUAGUUGUUUAUUCAGUGUUGUAUAGUUUGUUUACAUUUUUCGCCAUAGCUACCUACCUACUUUGUUUUGUACGUUAACUGUCACGGGCUGUCAGUGUCAUUUGUGAAUGACAUUGACAUUUUGGUAAUAUUGAUUUUUUAAACUGUUGACGUGACG